UUCACAGUCCAACCCUAGCUCAGAUGAGCCGCCGCCGUUCCCCGCCGUCGGCGCCCCCACUGGACGACGAGGACCUCCUCCGGGAGAUCCUGCUGCGCCUCCCUCUGCAGCCAUCCUUCCUCGCCCGCGCCUCCUCGGUCUGCACGCGCUGGCGCGGCAUCCUCUCCGACCCCCAAUUCCGCAAACGCUUCCGCAGACACCAUGGGAAACCUCUGCUCCUCGGCUUCUUCGCGGGGCCUGUUUCCAGAGAGCACAUCUUCACUCCCGUCCUGGACUCGCCGGACCGCAUCCCUGCCGCACGCUUCUCCUUGACCAUGCCACAGAGCCGCGGCCCCUUCGACCGCUGGGACUUGGUUGGCUGCCGUCACGGCCUCGCCGUCCUGAUCAACAAGUGCCGGGAAGAGGUUGUCGUAUCGGAUCCCCUGACCGGCCGGCAGCAGCGCGUGCGUUUUCCACGGGGGCAUGUGCAUGGCGAUUGCUUAUCGAGCCCGUUCAAAUUGUUCUUGAUACGCAAUGGAGACAUGCGGACAUUAGGCUCUCUCUACGACUCGGUGUCUGGUGUUUGGGGAAAUAUUUUCUCGGCGACUACAAAUAGUAUCUGUAGUAUAAGGUCCAGCAUCUUUGCCGGGAAUGCACUUUGCUGGUUGAUUUCGGGAGGUGCUGUCCUUGUGUUUGAUUUGGAAAUGCAGAACCUUAGUGUGAUCGAGAAGCCAGCAGAAAACCAUGUUGUCGCUAACUCGUGUUUUCAGCUAGUACGGAUGGAGGAUGGCGGACUUGGCCUCGCUGUUUUGUCGAAACUUACUAUCCAAUUAUGGGUGAGGAACACUAACCAUGAUGGUGUUGUUGGAUGGGUGUUGCUGCAGAAAACCAUUCCACUGGACGGGAUGUUUAAACGGAGAAUGUGUAGUGACCAAAAAGGGGCACUCUUUGUGGGGUAUGAUGAGGACACAAAUGUGAUUGUUCUGACUACAAUGAUUGGCAACUUCAUGCUCCAACUUGACUCGAUGCAGCUCAAACAUAUUAUUAAAAGAAAUGACAUAUGUUUCGACACCUUUUAUCCCUACACGAAUUUCUAUACUGCAGGUAGGAGAAUUGCUGGUGGAGAUGGUGGAGCUGAAAAUGCAAACACAUGAGAUCUGCUAAUGUGCUAUGUUGGUUAAACAGGUGUUUGGAGUUUUCUUCGGUUUGUUGAGACGCAGAAAUGCGGAGAUGGCUCUUUGCUGCAUGUCCUUCAGCUUUUCUAUACUGUGGCUGCUGAUGUGGCCGACACUGGCAUUGACAAUAUAUGGAGCAGAAUGUAGGUUCUUCCGCUUUGUAUGAUGCGUCCUGUGAAGUGGACUUGUAGGAUUUAGUGUGUAAUUCGCUAACUUUUCUGAAUUACGACUAUCUACUAAUAUUUUCAGGUACUAUUAAUCCGGUUGCAUGCCUAGAUAGUGUUUGUGGAGUUGCUUCUGUUAGUGCCUGGAUCUGUCAGUGUAUUAAUACCUUGUGGUUCAUUUGCUUUA